CGGAGUUGUUGACGGAGCUAGGAAGCGAUGCAGCAGCAGCAGCAACCACUGGCCCCACCGUUAACUUGUACGGCAAGUGGCAGACGAAUGCCUGGGAGCCGCCCACUGCCGUGGACGGUAUCGUGCCCAAGAACGAGCGCGGCAACGUGGAGUGUCCGCCGCUGGUGCCCUGCCUGCCCCGGAGAACUGUGCACCUGACCCUUGGGCCGGGUCUCGGAGCCAUCUGCCGUACACUGGGCCUGGAUUACGCGCCGGCGUUGGUUGGUUUUGAGGUGCAGGGCGGGAGGAUGGUGCCGACGAUAGAAGGUGUGGUGGUGUGUGAGGAAAUGUCAGAGAUUGUGGUGGCGGCGUAUGUGGAGAGGGAGAGCGCCAGGGCGGAGGCGGCGGCGGCAGCGCGGCGGCGGGUGGCGGAGGCGGCUUGGAGAAGGUUGUUGGCGAGCAUGCGAGUGAGGUUGCAGCUGGAGAAGGACUACGCGGGUGGAGGGGAGGCGAGAGGUGAAGCAAGGGGAGUGGAGAAUGUUGUGAGUGUGGGAGGGCGGGGAGAGGCGACGGCGAAGGGAGGUGCGGCGGCGGCGGCAGCUCUGUCAGCUGCGUGGACGGAGGCAGCAGCAGUGAAGGAGCGGGGAGGCGACGGGAGACCUCGGAGCGCUGUGGAAGCAGCGGCGGUAGCUGCGGCGGCGAAAGGUGUCCCGCGCGACCUGGGCAUCGCUGCGGAGGAAGAGGCGGCCCGGCAGCGGCUACAGUCCGCGGCAGGGGACGGGCAGGGGACGGGGGCGGAGGGUGCAGGAUGGCAGGCGGGAGGUCCGGACACGGGCGCAGAUGUGGAGAUGGAGGAGUUCUGAAGUGUGUGAGUGCGGUUGAGAGGUCUGAGCACUGUGACAAGGUGGUUGUGUGUACAUCUUGUGUGUAGGUAUGAAGCAAUGAUGACUGGUUUCUGCAGGGAAGGAGUGGGGGUAUUCAAGAAUAGUUUUAAGCAGGAUGAAAAGCGCGCAACGCGUCAACGUAUACAGCCAUCACCACUGGCACAAGACUGCUAACCUGAUGAUUAAAACCUAAAAGCCAAACCCGCCAGCCCCUGUGACGUUCUUUAUAACAGACAUGGU